CAUCCUUCAUGAAGCUCCGAUAUGGUCGGCUAGGGUCAUGCUCAUAUUUUGCAAUAUGGCCGAAAUGCAUUACCCCGAUCGAUUUCUUCGGCAGUUCCAUAUAAGGCAAGACAUUCCGGAUGCUCCUUUGGCAGGUAGUGAUCAUCACGGCAAUCGCUCCAACAUAGCAACCGGUGCCUUGGCGAUGUGGGCGAACAUACAAGAUCACAUAUAUUUUCUCGAUUAUGAUCAACAGAUGUUCGUCGAAGCCACUAAUAGGUACAAAAAAUGGUACAAGAAGCAUGGUAUGACACGUGUGCAGAACCCUUCUCACAUUGUGCCCACGACAGGCUAUACCCCGACAGCACACCAGUGGGGUAUUGUGCAACAAGGCAUUUACGAGUUGUAUCAGCUCAGCAUCAACGACGCGAGUAAUGACGACAUUCAAAAACGAAUACGGAAACUGGCCGUGGACGCAGGUGAUGAAGACAUGAUCCACCGGGGCAUGUUCCAUUAUGAAGAUGAAGGUGGAAGUCACGAAGAGGAUGAUGCACAUGAACAUGAAGGUGGUGGUGAGGAGUCAUCAUCGGAUGGUGUGUCAUUUGAUCAACCACCACCUCAAUUCUCAACGCAUCAAUCCCUCACAUUUGAUCAACCACCGCCGUAUUAUGAAUCUUAUCAGUUCACUAGGCAACCCGAUGAUUUUGUUGACUCAUUUCUGAGUUCGUCAUAUUUGUAUGGAGACCCAACGGUGCCUUGGAACAGUGGCGGUGGAGACGGAGCAGGGCCGAGCACACAACAUUAGCUGUAGUAUUAAAUUUAAU